CCAGCAAGUGCCAGCACACACUCAUCAUAUAAGAACUGUGUUGAUGAAUCGGCACUCCAACUCGGUACCACUCCUACCCUCUCUCAUACCAGUUCUCUCCCCUAGCUAACCUAGGCAUUCAUUGAAAUCUUAUCACCAGCCUCCCGGGCCCCCAUUGGCAUGUUGUCGUAUGAAAGCGUUUGCCUUCUAGCCUAUGUCUGGUUCUAUGCGUUGUCCGUGUGGGUGUCAUUCUAUGGAGGAUUCAUUGCUUUGCGGACGCUGCCUCGACAGCAGUUCGGCGCUCUUCAACACAAGUACUUUACUUUCUCGACUAUAUUCGCCUCGGCUUUGUUGGGGGUUUGGACAUGGGCCCAUCCCGCACUUCUUUCCCACCUCGCCAGUCCUUUUAAACGGCCUGACGUCGCGCAGGCGUAUGUGCUCGCAAGUGUCGUAGCGCUACAGGUCUGCAACCAAUUUGUUGUUGGGCCAAUGACUAGUAGGACCAUGUCCCAGCAACAUAAAUUGGAGAAAGAAGAAGGCGAAAACUGCAACGAUACCGAAGUUUCUGACCGAAUGAAGGCCUUGCAUGCGAAGUUUAGAAUGUUACGUCGCAUUAGCUCGCUGGCCAACGUGGGUGCAUUCAUUGCCUUGACCUUUCACGGCCUGUGGAUCGGAAGCUAUUUGGUUGCGAUUCGAAAUCUAUACUAGAUAUGGGCAUCCGUGGGGCUCUCAACAGCACCUUUCACGGCCUGUGGAUCGGAAGCUACGGGUUGCGAAGUCUUCGUGAAUCAUAGAUAUGUCCUAGGAGGC